AUGGCUCUGAGAAUAUUCACAAGAUCUGUUUUCAUGCAGACGCGAAUGCCCAUCCGUAAGGAUCCCAGCAAGGUUCUUCAGUUGGCUACCGGCGAGAAGUACGGCGCUACUGAAUCCAACUUGAGCUCCAUAAAACUGUUCUUGGCCGACAAGUACGCCAUCCCUGACGACUUGGCAUUGCAGGUCAUCACGCACAAGUCAUUCACAAACGGACUCAAACCAUACAACGAGAAGUUGAGCGCCAUGGGUUCCAAGGUGCUUAACUUGUUCUUGGCCAAAUUUGUAGUCGAGGGUGCUACCACCAAUGACUUGGCCGUCAACGGCAAAAACUUGGAUGUUUUGGGUACGCCCAUUGCCAAGGAACUCGGUGGCCGUAUGGCUUUGGGACUUUUUGCCCAGUCCACCAAGCUCAACAACACCAUGUUCUGGAAGUCAUACAACAGCCUGUUGAGUUUCCAGGAGAGCGGUGAGUUGAAGGUGAGUGCGCAGAUGAUGUAUGCGUUGGUGGGUGCUGUGACUUUCAUCCACGGAAAGAAGGCUGCAGAGGCUUUUGUCAGAGAGAAGCUUCUCGAGGGUCCUGUCACUCUUGAGGGCAUUGCCUCCGAGUUUCUCGAGCAGAACCAAGCAUAG